GGAGCAAGUGGGGGGACCCCCACCCCAACCCCAUAGUGCCUUGUGCAUCAUGAAGAUGUCAGCUCUCCUCCAGCACUCGGGCUGCAAAGCGAUUCCCAAAGUAGGGUGCGAGGGACAACCUGCAGAGCUGCCUUUAUGCAUUCCUUUGGAACAAGAAACAAGGGGCUGCUGCUGCCAGGUGCUCUGAUGUAUUUGGUUGGGUUUGUUUUCCCUGGAUGUGGGGAAGGAUGUCAGCUUUGGCUGAAAAGGAAUGUUUGGUGGGGGAAAGGAAGGGCUGGAAAGCUCAUAAAAAAAGCAAAUACUGAGAUGCUGUGUGGUAGAAGAGGCUGUUCUCCUCCUGGGCUGCUUCUCUCAAGGAUGCUCUGCCCUGAACAUUCCUGCUCAGAGAGCAUUUCUGCUCUGGGAUCAGCAUGAAGGAGAGAAGAGCCCACCAAAAAGGUGUGAACAUUUGGUAUGUAUCCACCUGAGGUUUUCUCUGUCCCUAGGUGGGGUGUUUGCUCUGAGUCAGUGUCAGGCCAGGAGGGUCUCCUCCUUCCUCUGCUGUCCCACUCAGUCUUAGUGCUCUGCCCAGGCUUCCCCUGCUUGCUGAGUUCUGCUCCAUCUUGGGGUUCUGGGGCUGGGGGAGUUUGUGGAUUGGUAAAGUGGUGGGAGAAGCAGCUGGCGGUGCCACCAGCGGUCAGAUGUGCAGGGAGACAGGGAGCUUUUCAUUCCCUCCCUGUAGGUGGAGGAGAGCAUGGGAACAAUGCUGGCCAGCGGGACUGUGGGGGGACAUGGGGAGCCAGCCUAGAGCCUGCUGGCAAAAACAAACUCUUGGUACCCAGCUGGGCAGGAGUAUGUGUUGGUACCUAGUGCUGAGCCAGGGCACGGAGAGUACCUUGGGUUUAAGCCUGGAAGACAGGUUCACCUUCUGGGUUGUCAAAGCUUGUUGGGACUUGGGUACUCCCACCCCUGGUAGUGACCCUUGUGUGCCCCCCAGCCUCAUAGGGUGAGGGGUGUGCAGCGGUGGCACCCCGGGGGGUAAGGCAGGUUGGAGGCAGCAGGAAUGCCACAGACACAAAGCUGGGAUUGAGGCUGGCGAGGAGGCACAGCCGCCCCCCUCCAGAUUCCUGGGGGGUCAGUGCUGGGGCAGCCCUGUGCUGUGCUCACAGCUGGGCUCACUGCCUCCCGGGCAGCCACUGCUGCACAGCAGAACAAGAGCAAUGCCUGCUCCAAGCAGCCCCGCUGCACCUCGAGCAGGCAGGCAGCAUCACCAGAGCCUGCGUUAAAGGCUCUCAGGAUGGCACAGGACCUUCGUGUGUAACCUCCCGGGCUCCUGGCAGUGCUGCUGGGCCCCAGGCCCCUCUGGAGAUGAAUCUUUGUUGGAAUGAGAUCAAAAAGAAAUCUCACAGCCUUCGGGCUCGUCUGGAAGCAUUCUCUGACCACAGCGGGAAGCUGCAGGUGCCCCUCCAGGAGAUCAUCGACUGGCUGGGCCAGAAGGAUGAGGAGCUGUCGGCACAGCUGCCCCUGCGUGGCGAUGUGCUCCUGGUGCAGCAGGAGAAGGAGACGCACGCGGCUUUCAUGGAAGAAGUGAAGUCCCGGGGGCCGUACAUUUACUCUGUCUUAGAGUCAGCGCAGGCUUUCCUCUCCCAGCAUCCAUUUGAGGAACUGGAAGAGCCAACUUCUGAAAGCAAAGAUGUCUCUCCCCGGCACCGCAUCCAGAACAUCAGCCGCUUCGUCUGGAAGCAGGCGAACGUGGCCAGCGAGCUGUGGGAGAAGCUGACAGCCCGCUGUGUGGACCAGCACCGGCACAUUGAGCGGACAUUGGAGCAGCUGCUGGAGAUCAAAGGGGCAAUGGAAGAGCUCAGCACGGCACUGGAUCAGGCUGAGAGUGUGCGUGAAACCUGGGAACCCAUUGGGGACCUCUUCAUUGACUCCUUGCCAGAGCACAUCCAGUCGACCAAGCUCUUCAAAGAGGAGCUCUCUCCUAUGAAGGAUGGGGUGAAGGUGGUCAAUGACCUUGCACACCAGCUCGCCAUCUCUGAUGUCCACCUGUCCAUGGAGAACUCCCGCACGCUGGAGCAGAUCAACACACGCUGGAAGCAGCUGCAGGCCUCCAUCAACGAACGCCUGAAGCAGCUCCAGGACGCCCACCGGGACUUCGGGCCGGGCUCCCAGCACUUCCUCUCCUCCUCUGUUCAGGUUCCCUGGGAGCGAGCCAUUUCCCCCAACAAAGUGCCGUACUACAUCAACCACCAGGCACAGACCACGUGCUGGGACCACCCAAAGAUGACAGAGCUAUACCAGACACUGGCGGAUUUGAACAACAUCAAGUUCUCAGCCUAUCGGACAGCUAUGAAGCUGCGGCGGGUGCAAAAAGCCCUGCGACUGGACAUGGUGACCUUGGCCACGGCCCUGGAAAUCUUCAAUGAGCACGACCUGCAGCCCAGCGACCGCGCGAUGGACGUGGUGGAGGUCAUCCACUGCCUGACCUCCCUCUAUGAGAGGCUGGAGGAGGAGCGGGGCAUCCUAGUGAACGUGCCGCUCUGCGUGGACAUGAGCCUUAACUGGCUGCUGAAUGUCUUUGACAGUGGCCGCAGUGGGAAGAUGAGGGCUCUCUCCUUCAAGACAGGCAUUGCAUGUCUGUGCGGGACAGAGGUCAAGGAGAAGUUUCAGUACCUCUUCAGCCAAGUGGCGAACGCAGGUGGGCUGUGUGACCAACGGCACCUGGGUGUGCUGCUGCACGAGGCCAUCCAGGUGCCACGGCAGCUGGGAGAGGUGGCAGCGUUUGGGGGCAGCAAUGUGGAGCCCAGCAUCCGCAGCUGCUUCCGAUUCAGCCAUGGGAAACCUGCUAUCGAGGCGGCCCAGUUCCUGGAGUGGGCCAACCUGGAGCCACAGUCCAUGGUGUGGUUGGCCGUGCUGCACCGUGUCACCGUGGCCGAGCAGGUGAAGCACCAGACCAAGUGUUCUGUCUGUCGGCAGUGCCCCAUCAAGGGCUUCAGGUACCGCAGCCUGAAGCAAUUCAACGUGGAUAUUUGCCAGACUUGCUUCCUCACCGGGCGAGCCAGCAAGGGCAACAAGUUGCACUACCCCAUCAUGGAGUACUACACCCCGACCACCUCCAGUGAGAACAUGAGGGACUUUGCCACCACACUGAAGAACAAGUUUCGAUCCAAGCAGUAUUUCAGCAAACACCCCCAGAGGGGGUACCUGCCUGUCCAGUCUGUGCUGGAGGCUGACUUCUCUGAGACACCAGCCUCGUCCCCGAUGUUGCCCCACGCUGACACACACUCUCGGAUUGAGCAUUUUGCCAGCAGGCUUGCAGAGAUGGAAAACCAGAACUGUUCCUUCUUCAGUGACAGCCUGUCCCCUGAUGAUAGCCUGGAUGAGGACCAAUACUUGCUGCGUCACUCCAGCCCCAUCACGGACCGGGAGCCUGCGGGCAGUCAGCAGGUCCCAGGCAGCCUGCCCAUGGAUGACAAGGGGGAGCUGGAGCGCAUCCUGGCACACCUGGAGGAUGAAAACAGGAUCCUCCAGGGAGAGCUGAGGCGUUUGAAGUGGCAGCAUGAUGAGGCAGUGGAAUCCCCAACCUUGGCUACGGGCUCCCCUGAAUCAGUGCAGGAUCCACGCAAUGAGGAGCUCCUGGCAGAGGCCCGGAUCCUCCGGCAGCACAAGAGCCGCCUGGAGACCCGCAUGCAGAUCCUGGAGGACCACAACAAGCAGCUGGAGUCCCAGCUGCACCGGCUGAGGGAGCUGCUGCUGCAGCCUCCAACAGAGUCAAAUGGCAAUGGUUCAGCAGCAUCUUCCUUGGCUUCAUCUCCACAUCAGUCCGAAGGCGGCCAGACGAGGGAUAAGGAGCACGACACCCCCGACACCGAAGCAGCAGAUGAGGUGGAAGCCAAAACACAGGAUGUCAGCGUGUGCCUGGAGGACAUCAUGGAGAAGCUGCGCAGCGCCUUCCCCAACUCUCGAGAUGGACAGAGCGACGGCAGCGAGGCUACGGUGACCACCUCCAGGAGAGACAGAACAGCAGCAGCGUGAGCUCUCCUGGCUGCUCAAGGACAGCUCUUCCAGCAGGGAUGUUUUGGGGUUGGGAUGGGGAUGGGCUGCUCUGUGACUGCCCGAUGAAUGCCCAUGCAUACAGCAAGGAGAUGCUGCUUGGUGCCAGCACUAACCCUCUGCAGGGCAGUGCUGCCCCAUGCCACCCUUGAGCACCCCCGGCUUCUAACUCCUCCUCCCCUCUCGUCUCUGUUGCAGGCAUGACCUCCCUUAUCUAACACCUCCAGAGGCUUUGCCUAACCGCUGCCCAGCUGCUUCGCCCCCUCCUCUCCCCAUGCUCAUGAGCUGCAGGAGAUCUCAGGGGAACAUUGGGGCUGUGGGGUCACAGCACUGCACACAGAGAGGCUCAGAAGGAAGAGCUGCACAGCACACAGAGCUCAGCACCCUGCUCCUCUCUGGUUCUGCCCAGGGCCCUUCAGGGUGAUGGACACCAAAGCGCUCUUGCAGCCACUGAGCAGCCUCCCAGGGGCUGAGCCAACUCUCUGUAACAGCAGCCGGCUGCCAGCCUUAUGGAUGGGACUCUGAGAGGUGCUGGGUUUGUGGGGUAGGGACGAGCCCGCGCCAGAGCUUCAGCCCAGCUAGUAGCCUUAUCUCGGGAGGAUCUUUAUAACAGAGCCUUAUCAUUUAAUUUGCAUAUAUUUCUAUAUAUUAUAUAUAUAUUCUGUACUUAAAUACUCUCACGGACUCAUGCCAUUAAACCCUAACACUGAGUGUAGUUGCACUUUGCUCUCAGUCCAGCCCAACUCCUGCUCCUGCAGGGACCCUUCCCCCUCUUGCAGGAUGCUGUGGGGGCAGCCUGGGGGGCCGGGCUGGCAGCAGGGCUCUGUCCUACUCCCCUCUGUCCUGGGGGCUGCCAGGAUGUUGGGCUGUGAUGUAGGAUCAGGGGCUGCGUUAUGUCGAGAAAGCUGCGGAGUCAGGUGCUGUGGGUGCCCCGCAGUGGGAGAGGGCUGGGAUGGAUAGAGAGGAGAGGCCCUUGGGCACAGCAGGGUGCAGGGAAGGCUGUGUGUUGGUGCGUCCCUGUGGGCCGCAGGGAUGGGGCUUUGGCUGUGCUGGAUGUGCUGUGUUUGAGGAGGGCUGUUGGACCGAGGCAGCGUGCUGGGGAGCAGGGAGCCGUGUGAUUUGGGGUUGGCACUAUGGCAAAGGUGUGAAAUAAUGCAGGAGGUGUGGGCUUGGUGGGUGGCACACAGUGCCAGCAUCCUGAUGGUCUGUGGGUUGCUGUCCUGGAGCGGUCCUGAUGGAGGUGUUGGUGAUGGCACUGGGUUGGAUGUAGCACAUGGUGGGAGCUGCUUGCAGUGCAACAGGUAUGGCAUAAUUGGAGUGUGGCUACUGCAUGAGAUCAGGGUGUCCCCAUAAGAAGAGAAAGGCAGAAUCAAGGCAAACUGGUGCAGACCCUCACUGCAGGGAGCUGUGUGCCUGCCCUGUGGGCUGUGGGUGCAGGUUUGGGGCUGUGCUGAGGGCAGCAGGGAGGGAUGUGGGCGGGCUGAUGCUCUGUUAACCACGUAGUGCUGUCCUGGCUGCUGCUCUCCACUUCUGCUCUGGAAAGAGAAUAAAUUUGUAUUCAUACUGAG